CUCUAAAUCCUCAGUCAAAGUUCAUGCUGUGUGUUUUGGUGGCAUUUGAUCAGACUUGCUAAACACACAGUCUGUUAAAGUACUAAUUGCACAGUCUGAUGUGGGUGUGAGGUCAGAUCUGCACCAUGGCUGGAUCAGAGAAGAAAGCUGGAGAUGACAGCGAUGAAGUGAAGAGAGAGUGCGAGGCUGAGAGACAUGGGGAGAGAGACGAGGAGCUCAGGCUUGUGCUGAUUGGCCGAACAGGGUCUGGAAAGAGUGCAUCGGGAAACACCAUCCUGGGAAGACGUCACUUCCUGUCUGAGCUGAGGGCGGGGUCGGUGACGCAGGUGUGCGAGCAGGCCAGCGCUGAUCUGCCCGAGGAUGAGGAGAGUGAUGAUGAAGGUUCCAGCAGGAGGAAGAGGGUGGUGGUGGUGGACAUGCCAGGAUUUGGAGACACACGUCUGGAAGCUGCUCUAGUCCACACUGAAAUUGCUAAGUGUGUGACGCUGAGUGCUCCUGGCCCCCACGCCUUCCUGCUGGUGGUCCCGCUUGGACGCUACACAGAGAAUGAGAACCGAGCUGCCCGAGAGAUGCUCCAGGUGUUUGGGGAAACGGCUCUACAGCGCCACACAGUGGUGCUCUUCACCCGUGGAGAUGACCUGGAGGAGGGUGGUGGUGGGAUAGAGGGGUUUCUAGGUCGGGAGGAAGUUCCUAGAGAGCUGAGGGAUCUGCUGCAGACCUGCGGGGGGCGAUACCACGUACUAAACAACAAAGAAAUGGGAGAUAGAACACAGGUAAAAAUGCUACUCCAGAAGGUGGAGAAGAUGGUUCAGGAGAACGAGGGGCGGUUCUACACCAGCGCCAUGUUCCAGCAGGCCGAACUCGCCAUCCGAGCAGAAGAGGAGAGACUGAUGAAAGAGAGAGGACAAGGAGAGGGAGAGGAGGUGGAGAGACCGGAUGGAGGGUUAGCGAUAGCUAAGAGAAGACGAACGGAGCUGGAGCAGGGCUUGAGACGGAGAGAGGUGGAGGGAAGACAUGAUGAGGGGGUGGAGGAGAGGGGGAGGGAUGGAAGGAUGAGUGAAGGGAGCUGGAGGGAGAGAGAGCGGAGGAGAGGAAGCAGGCGCCAGUCACUCCGAUUAGCCGUUAGCCGCUUCCGCAGGGAAGCUGCUCUGUCUCAGAAGGUUCUAGACCAGGUGAAGGUGUUGGUUACAGCCGGAGCUACAGGCAUGGCAGUGGGAGCGGUGUUUGGAGCUGCUGCCCCUCUGGCUAUGGCAGCUGGAGCCUCCAUGAUGGGCAGCUCGGUGGGGCUGGUCGCAGGGCAGUUUGCUGGGGUGUCUGUGGCAGGGAGCGGGGUGGGAAAGGCUCUUGGCGCGAUUGUAGCAGCAGCAACUGGGAAAACAGCGGUAGCCGUGGGGGCUGCUACUGGGGGGCUUCUGGGGGGAUCAGUGGGAGCCUUGGCUGGGGCAGAAGCAGCCGGGCCUAGAGAGGCAGCACUGGAAGCUCUAGAACAGGUUGGCACAGUGGGUGCUAUAGUGGUGGGCGUGGCUGCAGGAGUUGGUGGGACUUUAGGGGCGGGAGCAGCUAUAGGGGCGAUGCUUGAGGGUGGGGCUGCAGUCGGAGGAGCAGUUGGCAUCGCUAAUGCUACGGCUGUCGCUGCACCAAAUGCUGUAGUCGCUGGGGGUGCUGCUGCAGAGGGUGCUCUGGCUGCAUCGCAGGCUGUUGCCACCGGGGGCGUUGUGCAGACAGUAGGGGGCGCUGCAUGCAGCGGUCAGAAUGCUUUGGCAGCUAGCAGCGGGCUAACAGGUGCUCUGAACACGGUGGGAACUACAGCACGGAUCAUCACGGCAGUGACGGAGAUCGGAAAGGCAGCGGUGGGAAUCGUGGUGGCCGGAGGGCUGGUGGUGAAGGUGGUGAAGGAGAAGGUUCGGUCUGCAGCUGGAAACACGGAGAGACAUUCCUACGAGAUUUACUGGAACAAAUGAGGGACUGUGCUAAAAGACGUAGCCUUGGAGAACAAAACAUAGAGAUGAUGCACUGUCUUAAGCCCUAUCAAGACGAGAUUAGUUUCUCAGGGGUUCUGAGGUAAUUUUCUCUCAGAGGGGGUUCUCUGAGAUAAUUACAGGCUAAAUUAUCUACUGUUUUUCACUAAACUCCAUGGUCGUCUGGAAACUGUAGUCCUGUCCAGACGCACAUCUCCAAGUUUUGUCACUUUUCUGUUUAAUAAAAUAGCCAUUUGUGCGUUUCCGCGGAGAUCCACGUAAACACAACAGCGAGUGGAAAUGGAGGAGCUACUGAACGCGAUGUCAUGUGACCGAAAAAGCCAAAAAACUCACUGGCUCCCCCUUUUUUUUAUUGCAGUCCGGAUGCAAGAGUUUUAUCACUGAGUAGAAGUGUGAAAUAUUUUUCACAGACAUCCCCCUGAGAAACUAAUCCCCUCCGGAUUGGGCUUUAACCUGCUUUUCCAUCGCUUUUUAAUCGAUGCUAUCCAACCCCAGUUUUUUAAACUGGGUUCCAUUAUUAAUGCACUUAUUAUGCCGCAGUAACUAACAGGGGUAUGCAUUUCAACCAAAAUCUGAAUUUAAUUAUUCACCAGAUGUUCACCAGAAACUGCUUAAUUGUUUAGUUAAGAUGAGAACUGAGUGAUUCAGAGUGGCGUUUGGUGUAAAAUGUUCGGUUCAAGAUAAUUUUACCCAGUUACAGUAGUAUAGUGUAGAGAGGUAGUGAAUGGAAGCAGAACAUCUGAAGCUGUACAGCUCCUCACAUAAAGUUAUUGCAACAAACGUAUUCUGAGAAUUUUCACACAAAAGGUAAAGAGACCCAAAUCAAAUUUUCUCACCUAAUACGAUGUUUACUUUUAGGCUGUUCACACUUAUCUUUUUGAUGUGAUCUAUACAGUAUUUAGUAUUUGGACAAAUUAUUCCUUUACUUUGGUUUCAGCCAAAAACUUGCAUUUUGGUGCAUUUCUACUAUUUUAGUAAAGGGGUUUGCUCUUAAAUAUUUACCUGAAGCUCAUAUUUACACUGCACUUCAUUUAAAAAACAAAACAUCAAAAAAUGAUUGAUUACCGACUCAGACGAUCAGUCCAGAACUGGUUGGGUAUUAAUUACAGUGGGAGUGUGAUGUAGAGCAGAACUGGAGCAGAUGUGGAGAUCAGAUGUAAAAUGCUGGUGCUGAGUACAGUAUUAUGUACUGUGGUGACGUGCCUUCAGACGGGUGUGUGUAUGCCUCUACUGGAACAGUCUGCUGAUCUGAACUCAAUAAAGCCUGUUUUUCUGGA